ACCGGACGCAGCCUGCAAGCGGCGGAGCCUAGGCGGUGCUGUGCGGGCGCUGCGGGUAACAGCCAGUGGCCGGAGUGAGCGCUGAGACGAAGGACUUGACCGGGCUCUUUGGUUUUCCUAGUCAUCCACAACUGAAGCCGGAGCUCGCUGCUUGGCUGUACCAGGCAUGAACUACGCACGGUUCAUCACGGCCACGAGUGCGGCCAGGCGGCCUUCUCCCAUCCGAACCACGGCUGAUGUAAUAGCCAAGGCAUCAAAAUCCCUCAUCUCCUUGGCUCCUGGAUACCCAAAUCCAAGUACGUUCCCCUUUAAGAGCGCUGUUAUCACUGUAGAAAAUGGAAUGACCAUCCAAUUUGGAGAAGAGAUGAUGAAGAGAGCACUUCAGUAUUCUCCAAGUGCUGGAAUUCCAGAGCUUGUGUCCUGGCUAAAACAAUUCCAAGUUAAAUUGCACAGUCCUCCCACCAUCCACUAUCCACCUGAUCAAGGACAGAUGGAUAUCUGUGUCACAUCUGGUAGCCAAGAUGGGCUUUGUAAGGUAUUUGAAAUGAUCAUUAACCCUGGAGAUAAUAUCCUCCUGAAUGAACCUGUUUAUGCAGGAACACUUCAAGCUAUGCAGCCCCUGGGCUGCAACAUGAUUAAUGUUGCCAGUGAUGAAUACGGGAUCAUUCCAGACUCCCUCAGAGAAGUCCUUUCCAGAUGGGAACCAGAAGAUUCAAAGAACCCUAAGAAGAACACUCCCAAGUUCCUUUAUACGGUCCCAAACGGCAACAACCCUGCUGGAAACUCAUUAACAAGUGACCGCAAAAAGGAAAUCUAUGAGCUCGCAAGAAAAUAUGAUUUCCUCAUAAUAGAAGAUGAUCCUUACUAUUUUCUCCAAUUCAACGAGUCCCGGGCACCAACAUUUCUUUCCAUGGAUGUUGAUGGGCGUGUCAUCAGAGCUGAUUCUUUAUCAAAAGUCCUGUCCUCUGGGUUGAGAGUAGGGUUUCUAACUGGCCCCAAACCCUUGAUAGAAAGAAUUGUUUUACACACCCAAGUGUCGUCAUUGCACACCAGCACUUUUACACAGCUUAUGGUAUCCCAGCUUUUACACCAGUGGGGAGAAGAGGGUUUCCUGGCUCACGUAGACAGGGUUAUUCAUUUCUAUAGGAACCAGAGGGAUGCAGCACUGGCAGCCGCAGACAAGUGGUUAAGUGGUUUGGCAGAAUGGCAUGUUCCUACUGCUGGAAUGUUUCUGUGGAUUAAAGUUAAGGGCAUUUCUGACGUAAAAGAACUGAUUGAAGAAAAAGCCAUUAAGAAAGAGGUGUUGCUGGUUCCAGGAAAUGGUUUCUACGUUAACAGCUCUGCUCCCAGCCCUUACUUGAGAGCUUGCUUCUCCAUAGUUUCUCCAGAACAGAUGGAUGUGGCCUUCCAGAGAUUAGCUGAACUUAUAAAAGAAUCUUUGUGAAGAACUCAAACUAAUCAUAAUAUUCAUAGAAUUUUUUUCAAAUGAAUUAUUUCUAUUUAGCUGGAAGAAAUCAUCAUGCAUGUUAGCCUUACAGGUGGAUUUCAUCAAGCAUAUCAUAUCUGUAAUUAACUAGACAACUUUUAAAGUACUUUUAUAUAUCAGAUUGCCAAAAUAUAUUUAUAAUCUACUUGUGCCUUUUGAUAAAUUUUCAACCUGCAAAAACUAUUUUAUCUUGAAUUUUAUUGUAAAGAGCUCUAUAAUUGCCUUAUAAUUUCCCACAAAUUUUCUUUGAAACUAACAUUUUACACAAAAUUAUUUUGGAAAAUUUAAUGAAAUAUUUAAGUUCAAGGUGGUAUAUAAUGUGUACCUUUUCUAUUUUCAGGAAAAUUUUAUAGAUCUUAUUGCAAAUGUUGUAAUUUGACCAUUAUAAAUGGUUUUUAGUAAGAUCCCAUAAUAGCCAUUAUGUUAUACCACAGAAAUCCCUUUAAAAUAAAAUUCUGAAAGUAAACAUA